AUGCCAACAGGGGUGCUAACCACAGCCCUGACCUCAUCGCCCCCAGCCAGCCAAUCAGAAGCAGGGAAAACUGUAACAUCACCCACAGAGGAGGAGACGACAACCACUUUGAUCACCACCACAACCAUCACCACAGUGCAUAUGCCAGUGCAGUGCAAUGCCAGUCUCUCUGGGAUGGAGGGCAUUGUGGAGUCUCCAAAUCCUCUCUCCUCAUCCCCUUACUCUCCUCUGGAGUGCAUCUACAGCAUCACAGUGUAUCUGGGUUAUGGAGUGGAAAUUCAGGUAAGGCGCCUGAACCUAUCCAAGGACGAGUCCCUGACUAUCCUUGGCUAUGGAGGGACGGGACCAGAACUCUUAGCCAAUGAGACCCUGAUGCGUGAGGGUCAGGUGAUUCGAAGCUCAACCAAUCAGGUGCAGAUUUACUACCGCAGUCUCCGGCAGACUGAUCAUGGUGUGUUCAGCCUACACUAUCAAGCCUUCCUCCUCUCCUGCUUGUUCCCUCUUUCUCCUGAGGGAGGGGGUGUGACAGUAACGGACAUCCACCCUGGAGGCCAUGCCCACUUCCACUGUGACCCUGGCUUCCAGGUCAGGGGCCACGAGGUAGCCACCUGCUUGAACAUGACUCAACCCCAUUGGAGCUCUCCUGAACCUCAGUGUGUGGCUGUGUCAUGUGGAGGGUGGAUCCGAAAUGCGACCGUGGGUAGAAUCUUCUCGCCGCCUCCUCCAUCUACGAGUAACCAUAGCAAUGGCAAUAAUCUGAGCUGCCAUUGGCUACUGGAGGCCAAGAAGGGACACAGGCUUCACCUCCACUUUGAGAGGGUUGCGCUGGACGAGGACAAUGAUAAGCUGAUUGUGCGAAGCGGAAACAACUCUAUGGCUCCGCUGCUCUUUGACUCAGACCUGGACGAUGUUCCAGAGCGUGGAAUCGUGAGUGAGGGCUUCAUACUUUACCUGGAGCUCACGGCCGACUCCUCUUUCAUCCCGCUACUGCUAGCUCUGCGCUAUGAAGCCUUUGACGGGGAACACUGUUAUGAGCCCUACUUACCCCAUGGGAAUUUCAGCAGCAGUGACAUUACCUUUCCGUUGGGAACCACAGUCAUCUUCUCCUGCUCCCCAGGCUUUGUCAUGGAGCAGGGCUCCGGGGUCAUUGAGUGUGUGGACCCAAGCGAUCCACACUGGAAUGAGAGUGAGCCUGUGUGUAAAGCUUUGUGUGGGGGAGAGUUGACCGAUCCCUCCAGCACUGUUCUGUCCCCUGAUUGGCCACAGAGCUACUCCAAGGGGCAGGACUGUGUGUGGCAGAUCCAUGGUAAUGAGGAGAAGCGCAUCGAACUGGACAUCCAGAUUUUGAAUAUCCGCCACAACGACGUUCUCACCAUAUUCGAUGGUCACGACCUCAUGUCCCAUGUGAUUGGCCAGUACCUGGGGUCACGAGAGCGUUUCCAGGUCGUGUCAGGUGGUUCUGAGGUCACUAUUCAGUUCCAGAGUGACCCUGACGAUUCCUCCUUUAUUCUCAGCCAGGGGUUCCUUAUUCACUACCGUGAGGUAGAGCCUAAUGACACCUGUCCUGCCCUCCCUCAAAUCGAAUUUGGCUGGAUUAGCUCCUCCCACACCUCUCCCGUGAGGGGAAGUGUGUUGACCUAUCAGUGCCAGCCGGGGUAUGACAUCAGUGGCUCUGACAUCAUCACUUGCCAAUGGGAUCUUUCCUGGAGCAAUAGCCCACCCACCUGCAUCAAAGUCCAGCAGUGUCCUGAUCCGGGGGAGGUGGUGAACGGAGCGCGUUCGGUACGCCCAGAGUCUGGAUUCGCUGUUGGAACAGUGGUGCGCUUCUCCUGUAACCAGGGUUACCAGCUGGAGGGCCCUGGUCAGAUCUCCUGCCAUGGACGGGAUACGGGCACCCCCAAGUGGAGUGACCGCAGUCCCAAAUGUGUCUUGAAGUAUGACCCAUGCCCAAACCCAGGUGUGCCAGACAAUGGUUACCAGACAUUGUACAAACAUAGCUACCAGGCAGGAGAGACGCUCCGUUUUUUCUGCUAUGAGGGCUAUGAACUCAUUGGGGAGGUUAUUAUCAACUGUGUCCCGGGCCACCCAUCUCAAUGGAACAGUCCACCACCCUUCUGCAAAGUGGCAUACGAGGAGCUGUUGGAUGAUCAUAAAUUAGAAGUAUCCCAGUCAUUGGAGCCCUCCCACCAGAUGCUAAGUGAGAACAUUGCCUUGGCAAUCAUCCUGCCAAUCAUCCUGGUCAUUCUUCUGAUUGGUGGAAUCUACAUGUAUUACACAAAACUGCAGUGGAAGCCACUUUUCUGGAAGUCUCUCUCUCACACCCACUCAUACAGCCCAAUUACUGUGGAGUCUGACUUCAACAACCCUCUAUACGAGGCAGGGGACACACGGGAGUAUGAGGUGUCCAUUUGAAGAAGAAACGUCUUGAGAAGAAUUAAAAC